UUUCCUUUUACUAAUUUGAAAUUUCAGCUGGGGUUUUAAUAUUUGGGUUUUCUUGAGAUUUAUGCUUUGGAGAAGAAAGUGUUAGUCAACGUGAAAAGAUGGAUUCAGUCAAGCAUUCCUCAAAUAAGAGUAGAUUGGCUCGUGCUUUUUCCAAAGUUUUGCAUAGUCGAGCAGCAGCAGCAGCAGGACUCGAUAACUUUCAGAAAACAAAGUCAAAGACGUGGGAAAAAUUUAAACAUGAAAAACCGGUUGAUGACAAGACUUGGCAGCCUAUGGUCUUAACUAAGGAAGAUGAAAAGCUUCGAAAGCGUGCGGUUAUGGAUGCCUUCUUUGCCAAACUUUUUGCUGACAUAUCAUCUGUCAAAGCUGCAUAUGCCCAACUGCAGGUUUUUCAGUCUCCUUACGAUGGUGAUGGAAUUCAGUCAGCUGAUAAGAUGAUUGUAUCUGAAUUGAAAAAUUUGUCUGAGUUAAAGCAAGCUUUUUUGAAGAAGCACAUUGACGACUCGUCCCCUGAAACUACCCAGCUAUUGGCCGAAAUCCAAGAACAAAAAAAUCAGUUGAAAAUGUAUGAAAUAACAAGGAAGAAGCUGGAUAAUCAGAACAAGCUCAAAGAAUCCGAGAUCAUCUUCUUGAAAGAGAAACUAGAGGAAUCCAGAAGGGAAAAUAAGUUGAUCGAGAAGAGAUUGAAUUCAAGCGGUUCUUUAUCAACAUCUUCUCAUGAGAUUUUGAAUUUCUCAUCGCUAACCCCAACCAUUUUCAUCACAUAUGUAAAGCAAACGACUAAAUCCGUUCGAAGUUUCGUGAAGUUCAUGAUCAGUGAAAUGGAAGCUGCCAACUGGGAUUUGGAUGCAGCUGCUAGUUCAAUUCAACCGGAUGUUAUUUACUUCGAUACAACACAUAUAUGCUAUGCAUUCGAGUCCUUUGUUUGUAGACAGAUGUAUGAUGGUUUUAAUCUUCCGGGAUUCCAGAUAUCCGUGGAAUCGCAAUCGAUACCCAAGAAUGAAACACGAAGACAGUUCUUCUUUGACAAAUUUAUGGAAUUGAAAUCUUUGAAAGUACGGGAAUACAUUACAUGGAAACCAACUUCAAUGUUCGCUGAAUUUUGCAGGUGUAAGUACUUGAAACUUGUUCAUCCCAAGAUGGAGUCGUCUCUUUUCGGGAAUUUAAAUCAAAGAAAUCAGGUAAAUUCCCGAAAAUUCCCAGAAACGGCGUUCUUUGAUUCGUUUCUAGAAGUAUCAAAAAGGGUUUGGUUAUUACAUUGUUUAGCUUUUUCAUUUAGUCCCAAAGAAGCAAGUAUUUUCCAGAUUACAAAAGGGAGUCGAUUUUCUGAAGUGUUCAUGGAGAGUGUAAACGAAGAGGCGUUUUUGUCACCAAAAUGUUCGCCGGAGGUGGCUUUCAUGGUGGUUCCAGGAUUCAUGGUAAGUAAAACUGUUAUUCAGUGUCAAGUAUAUCUAAUUUGACAAAGGGGAUCGGAGUGGCCCAUCGACAUUAAAGUAGACAGAGAUCUCCAGAAGAACGUGGCUCACAUGGUUCCCGUAGGCACUAACGAGGACGGUGUGCGGUGGUCCUGUUUCCGUCCUCUUUGAUAUGGAAAGUGAAACAACAAAUGUGAAGUUGAAACAACUUUAAAUCUUUGUUGAAGUCCUCCAGUUUUGUUGAUAUUUUGGGCAUAUUGUUGGGUAGGAUAUACAUUAGCUAGUGCCUAGUAGUGCUAAAUUUGUUGCAGAUGAUGAAAACAUAUUUUUGAGAAAGAUUUACUUCUUUCUUGAGUUUUAUUCAUUAUAUGUAAUCUUUGUAUAUUAGUUUUGCCAUAUACAGUGAGAAAAAUAUAACCAAAUGUAUUUAUUGUUUA